AUGCUCGGACAAUUCAAAAGCCUCAGAGCUCCGGCUACGUUCCCCGAUGGGACCGUGUCGGCCGGGCGGGCGGGAGGUCGGGCCCGGCAGGCAAGGGGGGCGUAUCGUUCCCUCGUGAUAAUUGUUAAGGUUGUCGGCAUGACUCAGGAUAGAUCGGGAGAAACAAGCUAUUGGUUGAGGAAUGGAGUUUAUGAUGGCCGCGUCUCGAACACAACGAGCCAUCGAAACACCUGCGAGGCUGACACAGCACAGCACAGCACAGCACAGGCUACGACACUCCACGUCGUCCUCGUCACAGCCGCGGGUUUCCUAGUCGAGCAUGACGCGCUUCUUCCACGUCAGCAGCAAGAUACUGAGUGUCGGGAUGGCCAUUCGAUGGCCUUGUUGGAUGAGCAAGGCAGACGAGAUGAGAAACCCUUGCUGCGCACAGGUUGUGGAAAUAAGCCGAGCGCGAGGUGCUAA